AUGGUAAUAACUACAGCACACAGGGCGCUGCAGAACCCGGAGCUCUUCAAGUCGGAGCACUAUAAACAGGCUGCCCUCUCUGUCUGCAGCGGGAUAGCCAUCCACCUCGUCGUUGCGAUCCCGAUCGUGGCUGUCAAGCUGGUGAUAUGGCUUCUCUCCUGGGCUAUUGACCUAGAGAAUGCUGUGUGGGACGAUAAAGUGAUCGGGACUCUGGACUUCGUGUCCAACUACGUCCUUCAGGUGCCAUUUUUCCUCAUGACCCUGAUGCGGUAUAUCACGCCAACCCUGGACAAUAUGUUCAUGGAGUCAUUACGCUGGGUUGAUAUAACCUAUACGCGGAAGCACAAGGACGAUGACCCGACGACACUACGGCCAAUGUACUAUGAUAACCUGCGGAUGUACUCCAAAGGCGGCAUGUCUCAUGGUAAAAAAUCAAGCCUUGCGCCUCUAAAGGCCUUCGCCAUUCGCUACGGAAAACGAACCGGCAUGGCGCUGGCAGUCUACAUUCUCUCACACCUCCCCUUAGUCGGCCACUUCGUCCUUCCAUGUGCAAGUUUCUAUACCUUCAACAAGGCUGUUGGUCUAGGGCCAGCGGCUGUGGUCUUUGGCACCGGUCUAGUACUGCCUAAGAAGUAUCUGAUUGUCUUUCUGCAGAGUUACUUUGCCUCUCGCAGCUUGAUGAGAGAGUUGCUUGAGCCGUACUUCAGCCGAGUCAAAUUCACUGCUGAUCAGAAACGACGGUGGUUCCUCGACAGAAAUGGAGUGCUGUUUGGAUUUGCAGUUGGGUUCUACCUGAUGAUUCGCAUCCCCGUGUUGGGAGUCUUGCUCUAUGGCAUUGCAGAGGCGUCAACGGCAUACCUGGUCACCAAGAUCACUGAUCCGCCGCCACCGCCAGCCUACUCUGAAGGCUUCGCCGAGGGACAAGUGACAUGGACGAACAAGCAUCUCUUCCUUAAGCUUCCCCUAGACUCCCUCGACUUUCCUGUGGUCAAAGCUCGCGAAGGAAAGAAAAUAUCCUGA